AUGCAAGACUUACAUCUGGACAAACAACCCUACAUAAUGAAUACUGGCCUGGUACCUUCUAAUGAAAGUAGCUUACCUUGCUCUGCACUUUUUCCAAUGCACCAGAUUGCUAAAAUCCGUAGUAAUGAUGUUUUUGGUCCAGAAGUUCGUCGUGCUGUCCAGAAACGACAUGAUUAUAAAGAAACUUUUAACCUUGCUCAAAAGAUCAUUCAAUUUGCAGUUGAGGCAAGUAGUGAAUCUCUUUGCCGUCUUAAAAGAAGCCUCAAUGACUGGUUUGCCAAAGAAAAAAGAUUGACUCAAAUUGACAAUAAUAAGGAAAAUUUAGAUCUUGAACAAGUUGAAAAUCCAAUUAAGAGAUGA